AUGCCGGUCACCGGAGAUCGGGAUGGAGGUGUGGCAACAGGGUGGCGUCGGCCGCUGGAGCUCGGGAUGGAGGUGACCAGGUGGGCGAGAUGGGCUACAUGCGCCUUGCCACUGAAGCUCGGGGUGGAUGCACACUGGUUGCCGGAUCUCAGUGUGGAAGCAGGGAGGGAGGGUGGUGCCGGACGCCGGAGCUCGGGGUGGAGGCACGCCGGCCGCCGGAGCUCGGGGUGGAGGCGGGGCGGGAGGGUGGAACCGGCGGCUAGAGCUCGGGCAGGAGGCGGGGCGGGAGGGUGGAACUGGCGGCUGGAGCUCGGGGUGGAGGUGGUCGGGAUAGGCUACCUGUGCCAGGACGCUGGAGUUCGGGGUGGAGGCAGGCCGGCCAUCGGUGCUCGAGGUGGAGGUGGGCGGGAUCGGGCCGGACUUCACUGCUUUCGUGAAUCAGAUUAUUCAAGACUAAGAGAGAGCGAGCUUGCCGCUUCCUCUGUAGAGCUCAGACGUCUUUACAUGGAACGAAAUUUGCUUACUGGAAAUCUUCCUGAAUCAGUUGGAAAUCUUUCCAACUUGUUUGUCUUAAGCUUGUCUCAGAACAAACUUUCCGGAUCAAUUCCACUUUCUGUCGGUAAACUGAGUCAACUGAGUGAGCUCUAUUUACAGGAAAAUAAUUUUAGUGGCCCUAUCCCAGGAGCUUUAGCAGGCAGCAAGAAGUUAGAAAAACUAAACCUCUCUUAUAACAGCUUUGGUGGGAGAAUACCAAAGGAGUUGUUUUCUCUUCCCUCCCUUUCCCAGGGAUUGGACUUGUCCCACAACCAACUCUUUGGACAGAUACCUCCGGAGAUUGGCAGCCUGAAAAAUCUUGGGCCACUGAAUAUUUCCCAUAAUCAACUGUCUGGACAAAUACCCCCCACUCUAGGUCAGUGCGUCCAUCUGGAGUCCCUCCACAUGGAGGGUAACCUCUUUCAUGGGAAAAUCCCUCACUCCUUCAUAAGUUUGGGAGGCAUCAUUGAGAUGGAUCUAUCUCAAAACAACUUAUCAGGUGAAAUCCCUGACAUCUUUAAGUUCUUUAAGUCUAUGAAGCUUCUCAAUUUGUCCUUCAACAAUCUCGAGGGUCCUGUACCAGCAGAUGGAAUAUUUCAGAAUGGAAGAAAGGUUUUUAUUCAAGGGAACAUGAAGUUAUGUACCAGCACGCCAUUGCUACGGGUGCCAUUUUGCAAUGCAGAGGCAUCCAAACAAUGGAAUAGCUCCAGCAUUCUCAAGAUAGUAGGAUUUACAGUUCUUUCUUUGGUCCUGUUAUCAUGCUUUGCAACCAUUAUUUUGAAGAAGAAAAAUAACUUCAAACAAGCAGCUCAUCCAUCCUGCAAAGAGUUGAAGAAGUUCACAUAUGCUAAUUUAAUGAGGGCAACAAAUGGUUUCUCAUCAGAUAACUUGAUCGGUUCAGGAAAAUAUGGGUCUGUGUACAGAGGUAGAAUUGAAUCUGAAGAACAUGAAGUUGCCAUCAAAGUUUUCAAACUCAAUCAACUCAGAGCACCAAAAAGCUUCAUUGCUGAGUGUGAAGCAUUGAGAAAUACUCGUCACAGGAAUCUUAUAAGGGUGAUUACUGCAUGCUCAACCAUUGAUCCAACAGGACAUGAUUUCAAAGCUAUUGUUCUUGAAUAUAGUGUUAACGGCGACCUGGGAAGUUGGCUCCAUCCAACAGUCCAUGAGGAUGGUCAGAGAAGGCCAUUGAGUUUUGGUACAAGAAUAGUAAUAGCAGUGGAUUUCGGGUUGGCUAAGUUCCUGCAUAGUUACACUUCUUCGGACAUUCAUACUUCUACAAGCUUAGUGGGGCCAAGAGGAUCAGUUGGAUACAUUGCCCCAGAAUAUGGAUUUGGGAGCAAAAUCUCCACUGAGGGCGAUGUAUUUAGCUAUGGAGUCAUCAUCUUAGAAAUGCUAACAGGAAAGCGUCCAACCAAUGAGAUGUUUAAAGAUGGCCUGACCCUUUACAAAUUUUUUGAAAAACCAUUUCCUCAAAAGAUUGAGGAGAUUCUAGACCCUAGAAUAGUUCCAGGUUAUAGAGAUGAAGGUGAAGAUGCAGGCGGUGAUUUAGACUGGGAAACUCAGCCAAUGGUUGCAAUGAACUGCAUCAUAAAGCUCAUUGAGCUUGGGUUGUUGUGCUCUGCGGAGACACCUAAAGAUCGGCCAACUAUACAGCACAUAUACAACGAAGUUAUCACAAUCAAAGAAUCAUUUUCAGCAUUGCAGAGCUGA